UCUUAAAACACCAACAGAGACACUAAUCUGAAACAUAAUAUUAAGAUGACCCCAUUUCGUCUUUUUUCUUUUUCUUUCGCCUUCUCUUUUACUGGACUAAGGAAACAAACACUAAAGAAAGAAGGAGAAGACCAACAAAUGUCUUCCAAUUCAUUUCUUUGUCGCUCUCCCUCUCUGAUUUUCAGUGUAAUACUGCUAUUUUUCGGUCACUUUGGCCAUUGUUUUUCGUCUGGUGAACAGGUUUCGUUCAACACCUUUACUAUUUCCAGCUUCAGUUACCCUUCAACCACGCUCAAGUCAUUUGACUUGCGUUAUAUCAGAGUUGAAUUGCCACCAUGGUUCUCUUCAAUGUCAUUGGAGUUGCACUCAGAUGUAGACCUUGGGACUGUAAAGCUAGCAAAGAUUCCUAAAAGUAGGCUUCCAAUAAUUUGCUUCAGAUAUGGCAGCCUCCCACUGACAGAUAGUAGUGGUUCUCUAAAGGAUUCUGGCCAUUCAGUUUUAGUUCCUCUCUUUAAUACCUCAUUUGAAGGAAUACAAGCUCUUCAAAAUGGGGAGCAGUGCUACCUAAUGCAGAAAAAUUUCACACUAAGCUUGACAAAUGAGCAGAUAUCUCCUGGAGUUUGGUAUUUUGGUCUUUUUAAUGGCGUUGGACCUACAAGGUCACAGUCGAAAAUGAUUAAUCGUGGCCCGGCAUAUUCUUUCAGUGCCAACAUUAGUGUGGAAGGAUGUACAACCUCAUCCAUGGGGGGCCAAUACUGCAACCAGACGAUUGAUUCACUUUCAUGUGCUUUGAUCAGCAACUAUAAUCUUGCAGAAAAUUCUGCAGAUGCUAUGUUAUAUAACCAAACGACGGAGAUUAUUGCCUGCAAAAAUAAUUUUGAAACUUCUUGCCAUGGUGAUGGUGAACCAAAAGUCUACACUUUGGACAUAAUGGGAGUGGCUGAAGAGUUACGUAUUACUGCAAGAAAUGUCAGUCUAAAUGUAACUCCUCCAAAUAGCACAGGCAAUGUUAGUGAAAUAAAUUUAACGUGUAUUGUUCGACAUGGUGCUAUGCCAUCAAUGGCUCUGCAUGAUUAUUCCAGUGACAUCAGUAAAGCCCCAUUGGUGAUUCGUUUACCAAAAAUUGGUCGAUGGUAUAUUUCCUUCUUACCUUUCAAUCUUUCGAAAGGACGUGGUGGAGUUCAGGGAACCAAUAAUAAACUUUGUUACUCCAUGGAGUCAAAAAUUAUUCAGUGUCCGCUUGGGAAGGCUGGACCAAAUUGUACUUGGGAAAAAUACAUCCUUCAGACAGUUAUCAGGAGAGGUUCCACACCAUUUGAAUCCUAUUAUUUGCCAGUCAGUGGAAAAGUGAUAUCAGAUUCAUCCAAUUUUCCUCUUGAACCCAUUCUUACCAACUCCACAUUUAAUGGAGAACCAGAGAAUUCUUGGACUUAUUUUAUUAUGGACAUUCCUAGAGGUGCAGCUGGAGGAAAUAUCCGCAUUCGACUCACAUCAGACUCAAGGAUUACUUCUGAAAUAUAUGCUAGGUUUGGUGGAUUGCCAUCGCUUGAUAGCUGGGACUACUAUUAUGCAAACAAGACAAUAAAUAGUGAUGGCUCCAUGUUUUUCAAGUUAUAUAAUUCGAGUGAUGGAAAAGUAGAUUUAUACAUUCUAUCGAUUAGGGAAGGAACAUGGAGUUUUGGAAUAAGGCAUAGAAAUGAGAGCAAUAUUGCUUCCAAAGAUCAGUCUAUUAUGUCUAUAUCCCUUGAAAGAUGUCCAAAAAGAUGUUCCUUUCAUGGAGAAUGUAAAUUUGCUCUGGAUGCAAGUGGUUUGGCAUUAUACAGCUUCUGUGCUUGUGAUCGGAACCAUGGAGGCUUUGAUUGUAGUGUUGAAAUUGUGUCACGCCGAGGGCACGUAGUACAAUCAAUUUUUCUUAUUGCAUCAAAUGGAGCAGCUGCAUUUCCUGCCUUUUGGGCCCUUAGGCAAAAGGCAUUAGCAGAGUGGGUGAUAUAUACAUCUAGUGGAAUUUCAAGUGGAUUAUAUCAUGCAUGUGAUGUUGGAUCUUGGUGUGCGUUAUCAUUUAAUGUCUUGCAGUUCCUCGACUUUUGGCUGUCUUUCAUGGCUGUGGUGAGCACUUUCUUGUACCUGACUACAAUUGAUGAAGUGUUCAAGAGAGCAAUACACACAGCUAUAGCCAUCAUUACUGCCCUCAUGGCAAUUACAAAGGCAACCAGGUCUUCUAACAUUAUUCUGGUGAUAGCAAUUGGCUCUUUGGGUCUACUUAUUGGAUGGCUUAUAGAGUACUCAACUAAGCUUAGAUCAUUCUCCUUGCCAAUUGGAAUGUGCUUAAAUAUAAUUGACAGAUGGCAGGCUGUUAGAAUGUGGCUUCGUAAUGUCGUGAAGACGAUUUUUAGACGAUAUGUAUGGGGCUAUUUACUUGCAGGCUUUACUGCGUUAGCCAUGGCAGCCAUAAGCUGGAAACUGGAGACUAGUGAAAGCUACUGGAUUUGGCAUAGGUAUAAUCAUUCAUCCAUACACUCUUCUACUCCUCUCGUUUUUCUUAGUUGGUCUCUUUAUACUUUGCAGCAUUUGGCAUGUGACAAUCUACAUAUCAUCAUUCUUCUUCCUAUGUUCAAAAGCAAAUCCUGUAGUUAAUGAGGAUGAAAGACCGCUGGAUCGUACUUAUGAGUUGACUCGGCAGGAUUCAAUCCCAAGAGCUUAAUAUACAAAAGAUUCAAAAAGAAAAGAAGAGAGAGAGAGAGAGAGAGAGAGUGAGAAUGUUAGGAAAAGAAAAAAGAACAGAGAAAUUUUGUGGGAGAGGGGAAGCGGAGUUUAUGCCUAGAGAAAUCUGGUUGCAUAUCCACAAUGGAGUUUCUUGUGCUGUAUAGCCCCUCUUUGAGUCAACGAUAGCAUUAGUUUUUUUAAUUGUACAUUCUUCUCAUAAGUUAGCCCGACAGGAGUCACAGCCACAGGACAUUGUUUUGUAAGUAUUAUUCUGUAAAUUAUAAGUGUCAUAAUCCUUGACAUAUGACAUGUCAAAUAAUGGAUGUCAUCUUGGUCGAGUCA